UCCUGGUUAUUUGUUCCAGAUCCCCCGUCGUGCUUUCUGAUACAACUUCCUCACCUCUCUCGACUCUAUAAUUUAGCCUUUGAUAAUAUCAAUCAUGGCCCACGGUCAACAAGGCUCAGGCAAGCUUGACGAGUUCGCGGUCAAAGGAGAAGCACCAUAUUUUGCAGAAGAAAAAGAAGGAUGGAAGGGUUACAUUGAGUGGGAGAAAUACCCAGAAAAGAGAAAGCAGGCAGAGGAGAUCCUGGCCAAAUAUGCUUUCCCACCACCGCCAGAGUUCCAGCUGAAACCUCUUCCGGAAACCAACCCAAUCCUGGAAGGAGUACGCUGGAAGCAAUACCACUAUGCCAUGGGAUCCACCUUGAAGGACAUUCCAGACAUCAGCUGGAAAUAUGUCGAAGAGGAGAAAAGCAAAGACAUGAUUCAUGUCCUUCAAUUCCCUUACAACGGAGAGCCCCCCCGUGAACGCCUGGUCGAGACGGAAAUCACAGACAAUAAGGACCAUUUCGUCCGCAAUCACGGCGGUAUUCCCGAGAUCGACCCCGAGCAAUUCACACUGGACAUCGAAGGCCUGGUUAACAACCCCAAAAAGCUUACUCUCGCUGAUCUUCAAAACGAAGACUUGUUCCCCCGUCAAACAAAUGUGGUCAGUCUGCAAUGCUCAGGCACUCGCCGUAUCGAGCAGAUCUCCGAAUACCCCGGCGACGGAGACGAAUUGAUCAACGCACCCUGGGGUGAAGGCGCCAUUGGUACAGCACGCUGGACCGGUGUCUCCCUCAAGAAGGUCAUCAAACACUGCGGAGGCCUCAAAGACGGAGGAGAAGGUAUUCAUCUCGAAUUCUAUGGCGCAGACACGUAUUUCAAGAAGGGUAAGGUGUAUAACUAUGUGGUCAGUGUGCCGUGGCGCAAGGUCAAGAUCAACGAAGUAUUGCUCGCUUGGGAGAUGAAUGGCGAACCCCUUCCCAAGAUCCACGGAUUCCCGUUGAGAACAGUGGUAUUUGGAUACAUUGGAGCACGCUCCUGCAAAUGGCUCUACAAAAUUAAAGCCAUCCGCGGACCCUCUCUCGCCCCCGUCCAAGCGAAAGAAUACCUCUACUACACACCCCAGGUCGGAAAGCAAAACGCCAUGUACAGCAACGGUUUCAGCAUCCAAGACAUGCCCGUAUCUUCCGCCAUCAUGACGCCAAUAAACAUGGCUCAAAUUGUCCACGACGGCAAGAUCAAAAUGCGCGGAUGGGCUUACUCCGGCGGUGGUCAUUGGCCCGUUCGUGUCGAAGUUUCCGGCGACGGAGGAAGUAUUUGGUAUGAAGUUCCUUACGAGAACAUGACGACCAAAUAUUACUACGCGUGGAGGUUGUGGGAAAUCGAUCUUCCCGUGGAUGCGGAAGGAUGGCUCGAACUUUGCGUGAGAACUUGGGAUAAUGCCAUGAACACGCAACCCACCUACGUUCGCUCGGCAUGGAACUGGGAUCUUCACGUCACUUCAAGCUGUCACCGCGUCAAGAUCUACAGCAUCAACAAGAGCAGACCUCUGACUGCUGCUCGUCUCAAGCUGUUGGAAGAAAAGGGUGUGCCGAUCGUCCCCAUCACUCACCCCAUGGAGUUCGAUCUACAGAGCGAAGAAGAUUACAUGGAGGAGAUGAAAAAGCAAGGUGGUCGUGAUCCUCUGGAGUAAAAAAAAGACUGCAAUGGACUCGGACGCAACAUAUAUACGAAAGCACACAUGACGAAAGAUAGUAAAUGUAAUGUCAAAAGGAUUUCUCAAAACCUCC